AUGUAUGUGAAAUGCUUUGAUACAGUAAUGUUAUACUAUGUGAUUAGUGAAUUUAGUGAAUCUCACUUUUUGUCAUUUUCAAAUUUCCCGCCAGUUCCGUCCCCCGUACGUCCCGACGCUCGAAGAGGACGGAACCCAGAAGACAGAUGCCGGCAUCUGCCAGAGGACACUGCAGGAGGGACAUCGUGGCAGCACAGGACAAGCUAAGUGAAGAACAGAUCCCGGAGCAGCACCGCAUGGUAAGCCCGAGUGUAGCUCGGGGUUACCGCUUUUGCUACACUCAGGAAUACCGCCAGGGAGGCUACACU